AUGCGUUCUUUCGCCAUCCUCUCCGCCGCCGGCCUUGCCGCCGCCCAGAUCACCACCAUCAUCAUCACCGAUGGUAUCACCACGACCCUCACCCUGCCCGCUUUCACCGAGUCCACCCCGCUGGUCACCGUCACCUCCAUCGUGCCCGAGACCAUCGUGACCGUCACCCCGGAGCCCACGCCCUCCACCACCGUGGUCAUCGUCGACGGCACCACGACCGUCCCGGCCGGCUUCACCACCACCACCGCCGUCGUCGUCGACGACCCCCCCGUCACCACCACCAUCCCCAUCGUCAUCCCCACCUACCCCGAGUCCGUCACCCCGGUUCCCCUCCCCUCCGUCAGCGAGUCUGCCAGCACCUUCACCGGGCCGGCCAGCACCGUCACCGGCGCCCUCCCCUCCGCCAACACCACGCUCGCCACUCUUACCCAGACCUACUUCACCUCGACCCCCAACGCCACCAGCUCCGGCCCCGUCGUUGUGCCCACCGCUGCGGCCGACAAGCUCCAAGGCUCCGUCGUCGGCCUCGUCGCCGCCGGCAUCGCCAGCUUUCUCCUCAUCUAG